AUGUCUGAGUCCCAGCAAGGCUGGCUCUACUAUCUCUCGAGACUUCCUUUUUUGUCAUUUUUUUUCUCUCGUGUCGACAACGGCUCCAUAGGCGGUACCGCGAACGACGCUGCACAUUCUGAUUCUUCGUCUAUUGUCCAAUCAACAGACAUUCUAUCUGCAAACUUGUUCUUCGGAGGAAAAGUAAUUGUCGCUAACCGCCCGCGUGAUAGCAGACGUCCUUGGUUGCCUCGGUUCCCCAAGCUCAAGAGACAUUACCCCCGAGUUGAGCAGAACCUGACCGAAUCGAGCCUGCAGUCCGACACAAAUCGUCCACCUGCGCACCGAAAACCAAGAUUCUUUUUAAGGCAAAAAUUUCUGGCCGAUACUGUCUAUCCUCGACUUGACCCGUCCGAUCACCAACAAGAAGAUAUCUGUUUCGCAUUGGCUUCUCUGCAUAGACAGCGGGUACCUCGAGAGCCGAGACCUGCACCACAAGAGCUUCGCCUCCCUAAGAACUCGGAUACGGUAUUUGUUGAAAUCAAUGGAAUCCGUUCAAACAAGCGUCGCGCUCAAUACUCCGAGGUUGAUUUGGUUGCUGCCACGCAAAUCUCGACUCAAUCCGACAGUCCAUCCUCUAUUGCAAUUAUUCGCGAAGGCAUUCUUCCCGAAUCCGAGUUUGAGUACCAGGAAAAAGUUGAGGCGUACAUGUCCCACACCAAACCUCUCCCAGAAAUCAUCUCCGGGAUGAUGACGAAUAUCUUUUCCAGCUUUUCAGAUCUGACUGGUAGAUUCAGCCGAAUUCUAUACAAUCAAGCUUACGAAGUGUCUGAGUCUCGUUUCUAUAUUGAGAUACAAGAUCCACGCAGUAUCGAUGUCGCCAAGAAGCGUGUCAAACUCACUUCUCACGUCUUCGACUUUGAAUGGUUGGAUCGAGAUGGCCUUCGCUUACUCCUCUCCCGUUAUAGCCACUUUCGCCAUUGCUUUGACGAAGCGGGCUCUAUCCUGUACACUCAACCAUCGCGUGCAGAGAUGAACGAACUCCUUAAACCACUGUUGCCUGCCAUGACGAAUAGUGCCAAUGACCUCAGAGCGCUCAGCUUGGGCCAUGAUGGGACAGAUCUUUUGAGCUUCUGGUUCUAUUUAUGCCGAUCGAUGAUAACUUUUUUGAACAGUGUCUAUGAAAUCGGCAGAUUCAUCAAAAUCAGGGACAAGUAUCCUAGAGUGCCAACAGUCUGGCCAGACACUCCAACACCGGAGAACCUCGAAACAGCUUCCCGAAUCCAGAAGUUUCUGUCCGACCCAAGCCUUUUUGUUGUGUUGAAGACUAUUCUCAAAUUGAACCACAAAUUGGAGAACUAUCCCAUGCCAACCGACAUGAUCGAUCGAGUGGUUCUCGACAUGGCAGCAUUCCAGCACAACAUCGUUCUUCCAAGUUAUGUGCAUUCUGACCACUUUCACGGUCGGCUCCUGGAGUGUUUUCCGCCUCCCCAGCGGUUGGACCCAGGUUAUGUCUAUCCAAUUCUCCCGGGAGCUUUUCCUAACAUGAACGAUGAGUCUCAAGAUCUUGACGUGGUGACUAAGCCCGAAGACUCGCCAUUACCUCCCCGCGUUGAAUCACCACGUCCUCCCAUUGCCAAAAAAGGGUUGACCAAGACUGAUCGCUUGAGAGCCGAAUUUCUUGAGGCCAAUAUAUCUCGCCUUACACCGGAGGAAUUUCAGACCAUCUAUUGUGGACCAAGUGACCAGCACCGCGAGAUCGAAAAGACCUACAUCACAGAUUUCGUCGCCAAAGAACCACUUGCAACGGCCCAAAUUGGAGCUGUAAAAUCAAUUUUAAAGAACCGCAAAGCGCCAAGACGGCUCACUAUGACCCGCGCUCCAAAAAUUGUGCGUUUUACCGAAGACACUAUCACACCUCGACAACGAACGCAUCUGGGACUAGACGUUCGCAGGCUGCUUCCCGACUCUGACCGCGCCAAUGAUCCCAGUUUUAUUAGUGGCGUAAAACUUCGACAGCCAGGACCUUCUACAGAUAACUUAGACAUACAUGAACUGGAAUAUCUCCGAGCUCAGCACACCAAUCGCCAUGUCAAUUCAAUUUUUCAUGGGGCUAAAAGAUCUAAGCCCCAGCUGCCCGCCAAUGACGACGGGAUUGAUCCCUCGCUGGCGAUUGAGCGAAUGUUGUCAGCUCCAUCUGCCGAACUGUUCGCCAUUAGCGACGACGCCAUAGCUGGCAUUGCCAUCAAGAAGAAGCAGGCCGCUCAAAAAGCAGCCGAAGACGCGAGGAAGCAUGCUGAGGAGCGCGCUCGACGAGAACUUGAAGAAAAACUUGCCGAAACUGGUGGUCUUCGCGUUCCAAAGCAGCCUCUUGUGUCACCCCUUAGUGAUCACUGGCUUGAACGGACCCAGGGAACACUCCACAAAUCACCCAAAACUACGCUUGCAAAAACAGCAGACGGCAUUAAUCUCAGGCGACAUGACUUUGCCACAGUCGUGAAGGCUACUGAGUGGCUGAAUGAUGAAAUUGUCAAUGGCUGUCUCAAUUGGCUGGACCAGUGUAUUAAUUCGGCUUCCGGCAUCAAGGAUAUCAAGAAAAACACCCGCAAGUGUCUUGCUAUGUCCUCAUUCUUUUUCAAAUAUUUGCGAGAGAACGGAUUCAACAAAUCAGAAAAAACCCUUCGACGCCAUGGGGUAGAAAAGAAAAAUUUUCUCCAGGUGGACACUAUUCUUCUCCCCGUCUGCGAGAGGAGUCACUGGACACUCCUUGUUAUUCGACCAAGCAAAAGGACCGUAGCACAUAUGGAUUCCUUGAAUCCAGGGGGUUCAUCUCCAACAUACAUUAAUCUGGUGCUAAAAUGGCUCCAAUACAUUCUAGAGGAAACCUUUGUGGAGGAUGAGUGGAAGGUAGCACAACACGAAGCUCCAAGACAAACCAACGGGUACGACUGCGGCGUACACACUGUCACCAACGGGAUGUGCAUUGCAUUGGGCCUUAACCCCAUUGACAGCUAUGCUACAAGGGACAUGCCGCAGCAACGUCUCAGGCUGGCCGGUAUGCUCUUGAAUGGGGGCUUUAAGGGAGACUUCGACCUUCGGGUUUAUUGA